AUGGGAAAUGAGCAAUGCACCUAUUGCUGGGUACCUCUUGCUUUGGUAACGACAGUUAUGAUUAUUUCCUUGCUGAAAAAUAUUUCAUAUUACUUAAAAGAAAAGAAACAAAAAGAAUAUUUUCAAGGUAACACAGAUGAAGACAACCCUGAAAAUAGUCCAAGUUAUGGUGAAUUUAAUACUGAAGAAUCUCCUGUUUAUGACAACCUAAAUCACCGCCAUCUAGAAAUGCUAGACGAAAGCUGCUAUGAACCAAUGAAUGCUCAACGCAACCCCUCCACCACUGAAGUACAGCAAGUUUCUGAGCACCAGAUGUGCUAUGCUUCCUUGGAUCACAGUGUCAGAAGAAAACAGAAGAGAAACAGAAAAAAGAAACACCCUACACCAGAAAUGGAUGAAGACCACCUUACUGUCAGCAGCUCCAUGCCUUCCGACACCUGCAUUUAUCUCAACACAGAACAGCUAAAUGCUGAAACUUAACUGACUGACGAUACUCCACAUGAAGAUCCCUUCAGUGUCUUUGGCAUCACUUCCACUACAAAUGAUGCCAGGUUUCAGUAG